AUGCCCCCCUUGCCCGUCGCCCUCGCGUCCCUCGUCGUGGUACUCGAUAUCGAGGUCUUCCUCGACCGUCACCCGGCACCCCUCGACGUCGGACCUCGUGGUUCGCCUAUACCUGAUGGUCGUGACGCGGCGCAGGGGCGAGCGACCGUGGCGCAAGGCGCUCGGGGCGAGGUUCGCGGGCGGGUGCGGAGCGAAGCGUUUGAAGCCAACCGAGCGAUGCAGGUGAUGAUACCCAGGAGAAGAUAA